ACACGGACCCGUUGCGUGAGCGCACCCCUCGUACUCCCAUAGUCCCAUCCCAUGGAGGCCACCCCGAUCUCCAUGAAGCCACCGUCUCCGGCGCCGGCGGCGCCACCCCCAGCCACUCUGGAGCCCGGGGACUUGCCAACGCAUGCCUUCGGAGGGACCGAGCUGGAGCCGUCCAGUAUGAACCAGCUCGCAAUAGCUCCGGACCCCAAACGGCCGAGGGUGGAGGAGGCUGCGGACGGCAACGGGUGCAAGCAUUGCGCCUGCAAAAAGUCCAGAUGCUUGAAGCUCUAUUGCCCAUGUUUUUCUGGAGGUGGUUAUUGCUCUGAUAAGUGUGGCUGCCAACCAUGUUUCAACAAAGAAGCUUUUGCAGAAACAGUUCAUACUACUCGCAAGGUGUUACUUUCGAGACAGAAGCGUAUGUCAAUGAAAAUCAAUAGGAGACCUGAGGCGAAUACCGAACCAAUGGAAGAUGCUCACCAUUCUUCUUCUUCAACUCCACCAAAGAGAGGUUGCAACUGCAAGAAGUCAAGUUGCCUAAAGAAAUACUGUGAUUGCUACCAGGAUGGGACUGGAUGUUCCUUGUUUUGCCGCUGUGACGAUUGCCAGAACCCUUUUGGGAAAAAUGAAGGCAUAAUGGCUGACGACAGUAAGCGGUAUUUAUACACUGGUGCUGAUUUGGAUCACAGCGAGGGCGAACAUGACUUCGUUGUGGAGCGCUCGCCUCGUCUGCAAUCACCUAUCUCGAAGGAGUCUUCCUUCCACCAAACCCCACCUCAUCUCAGGGCGUCAAGCAGAGACGCGCACGUUUUCCCACACGCGAUAUCCCAGUGGCAGGCGCUGCCCCGCUCGUGGCACUGUUCCAACAAGAGGAACAGCAGCGACCGAGCCAUGGACGACUCCGCGAACUACAAGAACUCGAACCAUGACUACUGGCAGGUACCCAAGCACGAGGACAGCUACAGCAUAUCGAAAUGCGUCCAGAUCCUGAACGGCAUGGCGGAGCUGUCGCAGGUGGAGAAAUCGGUUGCCCCCGACGUCUUCCUGCAGCCGGGCAACCGGGAAAUUUUCGUCUCCCUCAGCGGCGACGUGCGCGCCAUGUGGCUGAAGCGCAAGAUUCAGCACCUGGCUUAAAUUUUCCUUGUGCUGUGCCGUUCUUCCGAGUGGAGUACAAUCUUUUAGAUUGUGCAUGUUCUUCUGGUCGUGGGGUGGGCGUGCACAGGAUUCUAGGUUCUUUUUUCGCCCUGUAUACUGAGGUGUAUUUCUGGAUUACGGUUAUGUAUUGUCUUUGUAGAGAGAGCCGUUUUCGAGCCUGGUAUCGGCUAUAAUAAAAUGAGAUUAUACAUUGUUUCC